AUGCCCUCUCCAGAUAUCAGUCUCUACUCUGUUGAAGCAGUUUUAAUAUUAGACAAUGAUGGCAAGCGAUUGUUUGCCAAGUACUACCAACCACCCUACGCCGACUCUAAUGCCGCAGUGACAGACAACAAGCUAGCAACAUCAGUCAAAGACCAGACUGCAUUUGAAAAGGGUCUCUUCGCCAAGACUAAUAAACAGAAUGCUGAUGUCAUUCUUUAUGAUUCAAAAGUCAUUGUUUAUAAACAAAUUGUCGAUAUUUCACUAUACAUUGUUGGAGGCAUGGAAGAGAACGAAGCCAUGUUAUACCAAGUUGUGCUCGGUCUGCGCGAUGCUCUUGAUAUCUUACUGAAACAUUCUGCUGACAAGCGUACUGUGCUAGAAAACUAUGACCUGGUGUCACUCGCUGUUGACGAAACCAUUGAUUCUGGCAUCAUUCUCGAGGUCGACCCAGUCAUUAUUGCAUCCCGUGUAUCAAAGGCCCCCACGAAUGAGCCAUCCAUCAACAACAUUGAUCUUAGUGAGCAGGGUCUUCUGAAUGUGUAUCAAUUUGCAAGAGGUAAACUCUCUGAGAAAUUACGACAGCAAUUUCAGUAG